AUGAAAAAGGUUUCACAACUUAGCAUUAUCUUCCGUGACGAACUACAAAAUCUCAACAAAGACUCUGAUGUCGUCGGGAAAAAACCAUCUAAUUCAUCGUCGGACAAUGAUUGCAACCAAUUCGCCAGCUUGUUUGCUUCUUGGUCAUCGUCUUCGUUUCAAAUGCCUCUUCAGUACCCGAAAUACACAAAGGAACAGUACGAGAUAAUGUCGGAGGAUGAACUAGAUCGACUUCUCAGUCUCUAUGGUCUGCCUAUAGAUGUCGGUGACUUGUCCUACAAAAAAGAAUUUGCAGUCGGUGCAUUCUUGUGGGAAACGGGGAUGAAGUCUCCACUGGAUGAGCAUGAUUCAGUAAACCCUAAUUCUUCCAUCGGUGAUUUGGAUGCAAGCUCUUUGAUGGGAUUGAUGACAGUUCUAAUAAAAGAUAUGGUUCAAUUAAUUUUUCGUGUGUAG